CCUCAGCUGCAGCGUCAUGUCUAGCACAAAUUUCAUUGAUUUUGUGAACACCAACACCACGUGCGGUAUGGACGCGUGCUUCACCGCCUUUGACAAGAACUGUGAUAAUAAAUUAGAUUUAGAAGAAUUCGGAGUACUCUGUCAAGCCUUAUUCAGAAACAAUAAAGGAGAAACGUACGAACUAAAAAAUGAAGAACUACGAGAUAUAUUCACGAUUUUCGAUGCAAAUAACGACCAGUACAUUGACAGGCAGGAGUUUACCUACUGUUGGCAUAACUGGAUUAAAGUCAUUGUGCGACCCAUCUCAGCAAUCCUAGUAAUUGACGUCCAAAAUGAUUUUAUCUGCGGCACUUUGGACAUCCGGAACUGUCCAGCUAAGCAGAACCCCGAAGAAAUUAUUCCACCAAUUAACAAUCUUCUGGAUACCAUAGAAUUUGAUGCCAUAUUUUAUUCGUACGACUGGCAUCCUAGUGAUCAUGUGUCUUUCAUCGACAAUAUAAAUUUGAGGAAAUUACACGAAAGUAGUCCUAUUACCGAUCCCGAGAAAGUGCAAAUGUAUGAUACGGUGAUAUUUGAGGGUGAUCCUCCAAUGACCCAAAGACUAUGGCCAAGACAUUGUGUGCAGAAUACUUGGGGGAGUGAGCUACAUAAAGACCUGAAGGUUGCUGAAAAUGCAACAAAAAUAUACAAAGGAACCAAUCCGGAAGUGGACUCUUAUUCAGCGUUCUGGGAUAAUUCGAAACUAACAGAUACAAAGCUUGCGGCACAACUCAAAAUCAGAAACAUAACCGACGUAUAUGUCUGCGGCGUGGCAUAUGAUGUAUGUGUAGGUGCGACUGCAAUAGAUGCCAUAUGUAGCGGCUUCCGAACAAUAUUACUGGACGACUGUUGUAGAGGAGUAGACCUGCUAGAUAUUGAAAAGACUAAAAAUACGAUGAUGAAAAACCACGGCGUCGUAGUUAGUUCAGACAGAGUAAGAAAUAUGGUUGAAGGUAACGACAGACGACCAGAGCUAGGUUAUAAAUUAGCGCUAAAUUUAAGAGAACAAAAGAAAGAAAGUCAGUCCUCUUAAUCUUGUUAAUGUUUGAAGUGUAUGUGCUAUAUAGUGUACUUAAUGUAUAUUGCGUGUUAUUUUAGGUAGGCAUUAUUGACUAGAUUAGCUAUGUUUUUGUAAAAUUACUAGAUUAAGAAUUAAGGAAUAGAUUCCAAACUAUACCUACACACAUCGAAACUUAUAUGGAAUCACCUGCUAUUUCUUAUUAUUUCGGGCGAAUUUAAAAAAACGAACACACGAAGUCAAACAAUAUUUAUUUUAAAGCAAUUUAAUAACAAAUACAUAACAAUUAAAUAAAACAAUAACGUAUUUAAAAAACAAAUUGAAAGUAGUUGUUUUAAAGUCAAUAGCAUUCAAAAUUUCAAUGUCAAACGAAUAACGUUUAACUUGUUUUAAUUUAUUUUUUUUGUAUUUUGUGGUAGUCAGUGUUAUCACCUCUAGUCCUUAUUCAAGCUUCAGUUUGCGUGGGCACGCUCCUAAUCAAAUAUCAACAUUUUGUUGUGGUAGGUUGCUCUAUCCUUUAAAAGCAGCUUGUACUAGCCGUGCGGUGUUUUGUGGAUUAUCCCGGCGAACUCUAAUUUUUUCUUUUAGGCGUAUCCCACAAAUACUCUAUAGGAUUAAGCUCGGGUGCGCAAGCAGGCCACUCCAAACAAGGGAUACCUUCUGCUUCAAUGAUGUCUGUAGUCACUCUAAUGGUAUGUAGAGGUCCAUUACCAUGCAAUAAAAUUAAAUUUUCUCCUGUUGCGCCUCUCCAGAGCCUGACUACAGGUUAUCAACAUACCUGUGAGCAGUUGAAAUUGAUUGUAUGAAAAUUAAAGGAGCUUUUUUACGGAUCGCAAUUCCUCUCCAGAACAUUACACUUCCCCUUGUAUAUUUGUGAACAGAUCUGACAGUUUUCGUUCUUGCUUGUCUUCCUCAACCUCUAAGUAGACGAUUUCGUGGGUCAUCUGAUUUUCCAUCUGAUUACAUUAAAUUCUGACUGUUUUUGAAAAUAGCACAUUUUGUCAAUUCCCAAUGUUCCAGUUUUGGUGGUGAAGACACCAAUUUAGGCGAUCAAUCUUGUGCUGCCUGGAUAACUCGAGAACCUAUAACUGUCACCUGCUGUAUACUUCUUGGUACGAACUCUUCUUCUUAUCCUUUUAACUGAAACAGAUACACAUGUAGCUUCCAAAAGCUGCCUUUGGAGCUGCAGGUGAGAAAUGGUUGGGUGUCUUCCAGCUGAUUGGACAAUUAAACGAUCAUGGAGAGCCGUUAUUACUUUUGGCGACAUUUCCUGGCUUUAUUUUUGAGCUUUCCUAGUUCCUGUUACCUAGCAUAUGUUUUGGACAGAACGCCCUGUAUUACGCCUAGCUCUGCAGCUAUGUCCAUCUGAGAACAUUACUUUCUCCACAAGACCAAUAAUCUUUCCUCGUUGUAAGUUCUAUAACCCCACAUGAGGCAUAUUUUCGUUUUUUGACGCAAAAAUUAGUUUAUUUAUUUUCGUUCAACUUGCAACUCAAGCAAAUAAUCUAUACCGUACCGGGCUGUACUAUCCGAUUGUCUUGUAUAUUUGUUAAUUUUCAAUAAAAACCUUUAAUCUUCGCAACAAUUUCGUGGGUCAUCUGAUUUUCCAUCUGAUUACAUUAAAUUCUGACUGUUUUUGAAAAUAGCACAUUUUGUCAAUUCCCAAUGUUCCAGUUUUGGUGGUGAAGACACCAAUUUAGGCGAUCAAUCUUGUGCUGCCUGGAUAACUCGAGAACCUAUAACUGUCACCUGCUGUAUACUUCUUGGUACGAACUCUUCUUCUUAUCCUUUUAACUGAAACAGAUACACAUGUAGCUUCCAAAAGCUGCCUUUGGAGCUGCAGGUGAGAAAUGGUUGGGUGUCUUCCAGCUGAUUGGACAAUUAAACGAUCAUGGAGAGCCGUUAUUACUUUUGGCGACAUUUCCUGGCUUUAUUUUUGAGCUUUCCUAGUUCCUGUUACCUAGCAUAUGUUUUGGACAGAACGCCCUGUAUUACGCCUAGCUCUGCAGCUAUAUCCAUCUGAGAACAUUACUUUCUCCACAAGACCAAUAAUCUUUCCUCUUUGUAAGUUCUAUAACCCCACAUGAGGCAUAUUUUCGUUUUUUGACGCAAAAAUUAGUUUAUUUAUUUUCGUUCAACUUGCAACUCAAGCAAAUAAUCUAUACCGUACCGGGCUGUACUAUCCGAUUGUCUUGUAUAUUUGUUUAUUUUCAAUAAAAACCUUUAAUCUUCGCAACAAUAUCAAGUUUUUUCAAAAGAAAUAAAUAUUACUUUGAAAUACAUGGUGAUUCCAUAUAAGUUUGGGUGUGUGUAUAUAGUACUUCGGGGCAGUUCAAGUAUUACUUAAGCAGAUUUAUUACAAUUAAUUACCGUCCCCCCAUCCCCUUAUUAACAUAACGAAGCAAAGCGCUUACCAGCUCCCGCUCAAUAGAAUAAGGUACAAUUGAGCCCAUUAGAAUCAAAACCUGCUAAAUCCCAAAUUUUUCGAUUUCCCUUCUUUUACACAUUUUCAAAGUUCAAGUAUAUAUUAAUCUAUAGGCAUAACGUUUCGGCUCAAAACCUUCUAAAUCCGAUUUAAAAUACCAGUGGAAUCUUGACGUGUUAUGUCCAUUUCCUUUAUGAACAAUAAAAUACUUUCUUUUCUUUUAUAUUUUGUGUUUUUCUAUCAAUUAUAUCAGUGGUUCAAUACCCACUUUUAGUGCAUUCAUUUUAUUGUUCCUAAAAGCAGUUGAAUAUGAGGAAUUUGAACGAUAUUAUGUGAGCUUAGAAUCAAAAUCUGUUAAAUGCAAACUAAAAGUACAAAUUUCUGAAGAUGUAAAGGGUAUGCCGAAAAAUGACUCUAUACCAAAUUAGUGAACCAUUUUAUAACAUUUAUUGAUGCCCCUUUGAUUGAGAAAUGACGGAUACUUUUUGGAAAAUUUAUAUUUUUAAUGGUUUUUUAGUCUCCUGAAAAAUUUCAAAACAUGGAUCUAGCAGGUUUUGAUUCUAUAGGCCUCAAAUAUGACAAUCUUAAGCAAGAUUACGAACAGAACAAACUUGUUUUUAAAUUUCUGGUAAGCAUCCGAAUCCAUAAUUUUAAGUUUCGAUGUUAUUAUGUGUUUGCUGCUCAAUGUUGUGUCUGCUCACUUUCAGCCGAUUUAUUUAUUUUAUUUAUCAUAUGGCAUACAAUAUUAACACGUAUUUAAUUAAAAGCAAUAUAAAACGUUACGUGGAAUAUGUAUUACAAACGAGAACAUCUAAUGUAUUAAUACAAUCUAAGACAUUUUCGGUCGCAUUCAGGAACUCAUCAAAAUCUCCAGAAAAUCGCCUUCAGGGGCAUUCUUCAACAAUGUGACCGACGAUCUGUCAUUGCGCACCACAGUCACACUCGGGAGAAGGACUUUUCUCCAUCUAUGUAAACAUCUAUCGCUGCUUGUUCUUAUUCUGUUUAGCGUUUCCAUGUAUUGCGGGGCAGUUUAAAGCCUGGCGGUUUCUGAUCGAUACAGGCCAUUUGGUGGGCUUCCUGUGUUGAGUCGCUCUCCCAUUGUGUUCUUCAAGCGUUGGUGAGGUCGAAAUGUUCCUGAUGUAAGGAGGUAGCCCUUAACAAUGGAGGAUAUCUGUAGCACAGUCUGUUCAUUUCGAUAUCAAGCUUAGCAUGAUGGAUAAGUAGUUUUUAGCCUGGCUUUUUCGAUAUUCUCUGAGAAGAGAAUGACUUCUUCGUAGUUUCUGUGGUGAAAACUGACUCACAAUGGGAAGCCAAUAGUUCGUUGUUGGUCUAAUUGUACCUGAGAUCAUUCGCAUUGUCUGGUUUAAUUGAGUGUCAAUAAUCUUCGUGUGUUUGUUAUUGAGCCAUACCGGGGAAGCAUAUUCAGCUGCCGAGUAUACAACACCAAGAGCGGAUGAUCUGUGUACAAAUUCAUCCGACUUUGAAUGACUACGUCGUUCUCAUCGAGCCAUUCAACAUCCUGGUGCUCUAAAUUUUGAAUAAUGCAUAUAAGUUCAUUAGCACGACGAGAGCGACUCUUAUAGGCCUAACUUUCAUAUCGGUGUGCCAGUUAACUUUCUUCUCUCUUCUCGAUGUGACGAUUUAGUGACUUCAUGGAUAAAGACCACAACGUUUUGCAUGUUCGAUUUAAUAGCUUUAAUUUUACCUUCCUCUUCUUUUAAUAGAAGAAGGAUAAAAUUUUAAUAGACUAUGUCCUGUCUCUUCUGUUACAGUCUCUGCUUCGAUCCGGAGCUCCAGCUCUUGUACCAUCGUCUCUCCUUCCAUCUCGUCUUUCUAUGGGUCGAUUGGUGUUGGGCUUCUGUGUCUUUGCCCAUUUCGCCAUACGUUCAGGGUCCAUCCAAUCUACGUGGUCUCUCCACAUGCGUCUUCGUGCUCUUGUCCAUCUCACUUCGUCUUGAACGCCUAGCUCUCUUAAUGUGUCGUCGUUUCGUAUCCUAUCUCCGAGUGUGAAGAAAUCAUCCAAAACCAAGUCAUGAACUGUUUGUUUUACUUUUAUUGGUGGUGGAAGCAACCUGUUGUCUAACGUGAAAUUCACACUGAGAUUGCAGUACGGUUAAGAUAGGAAUGCGCAUUCAGUGUUGCCACAGUUCCUGUGCGACGCUCUUGAGAGAGCAAUCAACAACUGGUGAAGACCGACAACCCUGUGCGUUUAUUCCCCAUUAGAAAUGUAUUACCCUAUCUUAGCCGUACUGCAUUCUCGGUGUGAAUUUCUCAAUUGUAAUCUGAAUAAACCACCUCUUGGAUGACAUCAUUCUAUGUUUCUACAUUUUACAAUUUGAAGUAUUUGUUUUUACGACAUGUUCUGAAUACCAUUUAAUACCUGUGGAAUUAAGAUCUUGUUCGCUCGGCCCAUAUUUUGGAGUACUAUGAUAGCAAUCAAUUUCCAUUCAGCUUUGUACUUCAGCUAACACAUUUCCUGUAAAACUUAGAACGAUUAUUGGUAUAACCGUUAUAACUUGGAUUUGUGUAUUUCAAACUACAUCUUAAUAACUAAACAAUUCAUCUUCAGUGAAAGUGACUUAUGUGUAACACAAACACUAACUUACCGAAUCGUCAAUCGUACCGAAACGAAACGACAGAUUGACUGAAGAAAUAUAGAAAAGUGAAUAGUGUGCGGUAAUUCCCCUACUUGAUUUUAAGGCGAGUACUUAAACGAAUACAUUAUUUUUAAGUACGUGUCGUGUAGAGGGGUUGCAAUAUGUGUUAAAAAAGUAAAUAACAAUUGCUGACGUAAUCACCACCUGGACCCACCCGCCCCUUGUCAUCAAAAAUAAGCAAAACAAAGACCCACCCUCCCCCUAUAAUGCGUACGUUUAAUACUUGAACAGCUCCUUUUAUAGUACUAUGACAGUACUUAAUAUACAUAGUAAAAAAUUGUUAAAAUACACAAAAAUAUAUUUAACUCGACUUGUAAAUUAUACAUUGAAGUUAAAUUUUAAUAA